AUGAAUAACAUUAUCAACAGUUUCGACCCUGGCGAUACACAGCCAUUUAGUGAAAGAUGCUUAUUGCAAAAAAAUACCACAAAUGACUUUGCAAACUCAACGCCCAAAUGUGUUUGUGAUGGAGCUUUGGUUCCACGCUUGAGUGAAAAUGGUAAAGUGCUGGAGAUAUGCCCAGAAUGCAAAUGCCAGCAUGAAGCGCGCAACACCACACUUUUAAAGGUCGUUGUCAUCAUUGUUAUUUGGAUUAUAUCAAUUCUGGUGAUAUACAUGCUCUUCCUCAUUUGCUUGGAUCCCUUACUCAACAAACGUGUUAAGGCGAAUUAUCAGGAACACACAAACGAAGAUGAUGACGCAAGUGCUACUGCCCCACCAUUACCAACCGGCAUGGCAAAUCAAGAGUUGAACUCGCGAGCCAAUGUAUUGAAUCGUGUUGGCCAUCAGACGGAUAAGUGGAAGCGCCAAGUACGCGAACAACGUCGUCACAUCUAUGACCGACGCACAAUGUUGAACUAAAUUUUUGAAAUUUGAAUAUCAAUCGCAUUCAACAUUAUUAUUUUUGAAUUUAUCUUAAUUAAGACAUGUCAAGUGUAAUCGGUAUAUCUCAUGAAAAUUUAUAUACAUACAUGUCAUCACCAGCAGCAACUAUUCCACAUCUUGUACAGUGGCGACGAUCUCAUAUCGGGAAGUACUUGAUUAGAAAAAUUUCCUUUUUUGUUGUUGUUUUUUUUUUGUAAAAUUUAUAUUUCUAAAUCUAUGUAUUCCAAGUAAUGAUAACAAAUCUGCCCAUAUGCCUGCAUACUUACGAAUAUUCAUACAUACACUUAUGUGAAAAUAAAGGGUUUUAGCGAUAUUAGAAA